AUGACUGCAAGUGAUAUUGAAAUAGAUGAUGUUGAUAUGCUUUCAUGUCCAAAUGCACCAAUUAAAUGGGAAUUAACAUCACGAACACAAAUUCUAUUCAAUGAUCCACUUGGUCUACUUAAUCCAACUCCAACGGCUCCUACACCUCAAUUAAUUAUGAAUCGAACAUCUUCUGUGAUGGAAAAACCUUUUGCUAAUUCAAUACCGACUUCAUCUGAAAUGAAACUAGCUAUAAAUCCUACUUCAAAAGAAGAAGAACAAAUUUCAUCUCUAUUACAUAUUCCAACAUUAAUAACACAGAUAUGUACUAAAUUUAAUCCAAGUGUUAAAAAUCCAACAAUCAAUAAAGAACGAACAUUAGCAAGAAGUAAUAGUAAAUUACGUAGUAGUAUGUCAUCACUUGUAUCACAGCAAAGUUCAAAUAGUUCAUCAUUAAAUACGAACAAUAUUCAUGAUGAUAUCAAAGCUUUAAUUUUAGAUCCAUCAAGUGUUGCAAUACCAAUUAGUAACAAUCAUGAUGAGGAUUCUCAUUUUCCAAGUCGAAUUAUUGAAAUAGGUAGUUGCAAUCGAUGUUCAUCAUGCAAUCAAUUUUUAUGUGAUGAAGAAAUCAUGAAUGGCUGGUCUCCAGAUGAUUCUGAACUCCAUACAAUGAAAUAUAAUUCGACAGUGGCAACGCCAACGAAUAAUGUUACACAACAAUUAAUAAUUGAAAAAAGCAAACAAUCAUUCUCAUCAGCCAAUCCAAUAAUACCAACAGCAGAAACAAUUGAUGUUAAUUUUAAUGUUGAUCUAAUAUAUACACAAAUACGUGAAUUAGCUGAAACAAAUUCAAAUUAUUUUUCUCAACCAAAAAAUGAUAUUUGUCCAAGAUUUGAACGUUUAUUUAUUCAACUUAUACAUUCAUUAGAAUAUUCUUUACCACUUAUUCGAUAUCUUUCUAGACAAUUUUCAUCAUUUUGA